GCAGAGCAGGAGGCGGCGGAAGGGGCGCAGGCGGACGCGGCGGCGGCGAUUCGGCCAUGGAGCUGUCGAUGAGCGGCAGCUCGCUGCGGACGUUCGGCCGGUGCGUGACCUUCCUCGCGCGCGUCGCCUCCGAGCUCGUCCUCCAGGCGCACCCCGCCAAGCUGGAGCUGCACACGCUCAACAGCUCGCGGUCGGCGUACGGUUCCGUCUCCCUCGCGCGCGACUUCUUCGACACCUACCACCUCGACGCCGCGGCUUCGGCGCCGUCGUCCACGCCGCUGCAGUGCAGCGUCCUCCUCAAGUCCCUGCUCGCCGUCCUCCGCACGCCGCACGCGGCGCUCGACCGCCUUGCUAUCUCCCUCCCAGAACCUGACUCGCCCAAGCUCCAGUUCACCCUCCACUGCCUCAACGGUGUCAGAAAGACGUACUGGAUCGUAUGCAGCGCGGAGCCCGAGGUGCAGUCGCUGGCGCUCGACCGGGGGCGGUUCCCGAGCCGCCUCACCAUCCGGCCACGGGAGCUCGCGCGCCUGCUCUCCAACUUCCAGUCCUCGCUGCAGGAGCUCACAAUCAUCGCCACAGAUCCUGCUGCAGGGCUGCCUGAUGCCGGCGGGGACGUUGGGGGCAAGGCCGUUGAGCUCCGGAGCUACAAUGACCCUGCAAAAGAUGACUGUGACACUAGACUGCACACACAGCUGUGGAUCGACCCUGUUGAGGAGUUUGUGGAGUAUGUCCAUGCUGGUGAUCCUGUGGAUGUCACCUUUGGGGUAAAAGAACUAAAGGCGUUUUUGACAUUUUGUGAAGGGUGUGAGGUUGACAUUCUUCUAUUUUUUGAGAAGACUGGCGAACCUGUUCUUUUGGUUCCGAGAUUUGGAUUGGAUGAUGGAUCAACCUCUGAUUUUGAAGCUACUCUAGUUCUGGCCACUAUGACUGUAUCACAACUAGCUGACAGCAAUGAUGCCCAACAGCCAGCUACAUCGGCACAACACAAUGUAGAACCAAGGGCUGCCACUACACCAUCAGUCUCGAACCAUACUAAAAUAUGGUCAGAGCUUUCAGGUAAUACUCCCAAAAGCUUUGAAGCUAACAGAGAAACACAUGCCCCAAAGAAGAGCAAUGCAAGCACUAGUAUGCUGAACAACACGUCAGUUUUGCCCAAUGUUACAAAUGCUCCACGGAAGCCACCAGCUGCAGAUAAUGCAAACAUUAUAAUGCAGCCUUUGCAGAUGGAUCACUUGGAAGAGCAUCCUGAAGUUCUCAGUGCUAUCCCAAGGUCGCAGCAUCACCCAAGCAACUGGGUAGGUGCUGAUGAUAACGACGAUGACAAUGAAGACGAGGAGCUUCUAGUCCAAACAACACCUCACUACAUGGACUGAGGAUAACUGCUGAUUCUGAAACAUGUAGGGACAUUUCAGCCGAGAGUGUAGUGGAUUAACGAAUUAGAAACUAGCCAAUGAUUCUCCCUAGUUCCUGUAGGGCAGGAGUUUACAGCUUUGACUAACAUUUCCCAGUCAUGCAACAAAGUAAUUGCUCCCUGUAUCAAGUGAGAGUGUGUGACUUCCAUUUAUUUCCAUAAUGUAGAGAAACGUCGAAGGUGAUUUGUUCUGAUUCGCGUAAGUGGCCUGUUUAUCGUUUCUUCUGUGUAUAAAUAACAUACUUCU